AUGAGUGUUAGUAGUCGAAUGUUGACUGAACAACUUCAGUUAGUGAAGAAAAGUCCGUCCCAUUGGGAAUUGAUUUUGAAUCGUCCCGAUAAAUUCAAUGCGAUUACCGGUGAUAUGUACGAUGGUAUCACACAAGUCUUGAAUGAAGCGGCUCAAGACCCUGAUCUUGUUCUGCUUUCCGUGACUGGUAGAGGAAAAUUUUAUUCAUCGGGAACAGAUUUAUCCGAUCCAGCGAAGGCGUUUGCAUCCGCAGGCGAUGAUAUCGAAGGUGCAAUUGAACAAGGCAAGAUCCGUUUGAAAAAAUUCAUCGAAAGUUUCAUAAGUUUUCCAAAAAUCUUAAUUUCUUUCGUCAAUGGGCCUGCUGUUGGUAUUUCUGUAACAACACUGGGCCUAUUUGACGGAGUUUACGCUUCAUCAGCAUCGACGUUUGUUUUACCAUUCACUCGAACAGCUCAAUCUGCUGAAGGUUGUUCCUCAUACGUUUUCCCAUCGCUGAUGGGGACACUUCAAGCAAAAGAGAUUCUUCUCUUUGAUCGAAAGUUAACCGCCCAAGAAGCUCAACAACGUGGACUCGUGACACAAGUCAUAGAGGAAAGUGCGUUCGAAGAAGAGAAGGAGAAGAUUUGUCAACUGAUUUUAUCAUUACCGAAAGGAAGUUUAUUAGACGGCAAAGCCUUGAUACAAAAAUGGUAUAUUGACAAAUUAAAAGAGGUCAACGAAGAAGAACUGAAUACUUUGAAGCGGCGAUGGGUAACGGAUGAAUUCAUGGAAGCAAUAAUGAAGUUCAUGAGCACGCGAAAAAGAUCGAAGUUAUGA